UUUGUCAUGGUUUGUCCAGUCAAGAGUCAAGUCAUUUGUGACGUCAUUAGGAAUAAGUGCGAGAAAAAAUUGUGACAUUUAUUUCAAGCAAAGUUAAAACUAAAACUAUUCAAUUUUAAAACUUCUUGGAUUUUUGUGCAAAAUUGGUUUUAAUAUUAUCUUUUUAAAAGGAAACAAUGGAAGGAGUGUCCACACCCAGCGCUGAAGGACCGCCAGAGGAAACAGUUAAGCCUGUUGGUUGUUGCCAUUACAAAAGAAAAUCAAAAUUUGUGACUCCCUGUUGCAAGAAAGUGUACACCUGCAGAUUUUGUCAUGACGAAAAUGAAAACCAUAAGUUGAUUAGAAAAGAAGUAACUGAGCUGAUAUGUGCUUUGUGUGAAACAAAGCAAAGAGUCCAAAGCUCUUGUCAAAACUGUGGGGUAGCUUUUGGGAAGUAUAUAUGCCUAGAAUGUAAUUUAUUUGAUGAUGAAGACAAAAAGCAGUUCCAUUGCAAGGGAUGCGGAAUUUGUAGGAUUGGUGGGGCUGAUAGAUUCUUUCAUUGUGAGAAGUGCAAUAUGUGCCUUCCAAACCAAAUUGAAAGUGGACAUAAGUGUGUAGAAAACGUCUCCAGAUCCAACUGUCCUAUAUGCCUAGAUGACAUCCAUACAUCCAGAAUAGCGUGUCAUAUACCACCAUGCGGUCACCUUCUACACAGACCUUGUUUUGAAUCUCUUUUAUCUAAUGGCCUCUAUGCGUGUCCUAUCUGUCAGACGUCAUUAAUGAAUAUGCAGCCAUUGUGGAAGUAUUGGGACGUGGAAAUAGAAAACACACCGAUGCCAUCGGAAUAUAGUAAUUAUUAUGUAGGAAUACUGUGCAAGGACUGUCACCAGGAGAGUACAGUGAAAUUUCACGUGGUAGGAUUUAAGUGUGUACACUGCGGCUCUUACAACACCUGUAGAAAUAAAGGACCUGUUACUAUACGAGGCCGUCUAAGAAGUGUGGUUAGAUAUUUUGCCUUAUUUUGCAACUUCUUGAUAUCUAUGACUAGAACAAUUUUUUCAAACAUUCCCUACCUCUUUUUAACUGCUGCUGAAGACGAAAAUGCUACAGAAGAUGUAGCUGCAGAAGAUGUAGAUAAUGAGGAAGAACCAGAAAGAACGUGAUGAAAUAGAAUAAUUAAACUAAUAAAGUAAGAAUGAUUGAUUGGUAACGAAAAGAAAAUUAUUUCAUAUUUCAUCUUUUAAGAAGAACUGUAGCUUUUUUUAAUCCAUAAUCUUUUUAAAUUUAUCACAAGAUAGUCUGUUUGAUUAUGAUUUUUUACUUAUUGUUAUACUAUACUACUAUACAUUGUAAUUUUACAUAUAUUUUCUGUUUUUGACUUUGUAACUGGAUUCUUUGUAUAUAUUUAAUCUUAUUUUUAACAAUAUAGUGUGUAUUGUAAAAAUCUGUAAAGAUAUUUAUUACAAUAAAAAAUUAUGAAUAAAAUAUAA